GGGAUCGGGACCGGGACCGGCGUCAUGGGGAAGUCGGAUUUCCUCAGCCCCAAGGCGAUCGCCAACCGCAUCAAGUCCAAGGGGCUGCAGAAGCUGCGCUGGUACUGUCAGAUGUGCCAGAAGCAGUGCCGGGAUGAGAACGGCUUCAAGUGUCACUGCAUGUCUGAGUCCCACCAGAGGCAAUUGCUGCUGGCUUCUGAAAAUCCUCAGCAGUUCAUGGAUUACUUCUCUGAGGAGUUCCGAAAUGAUUUCCUAGAAUUGCUCAGGAGGCGAUUUGGAACAAAGAGAGUCCACAAUAAUAUCGUGUACAAUGAAUACAUCAGCCAUCGAGAACACAUCCACAUGAAUGCCACCCAGUGGGAGACACUGACUGACUUUACAAAGUGGCUGGGGAGAGAAGGUCUUUGCAAGGUUGAUGAGACUCCCAAAGGCUGGUACAUUCAGUACAUCGACAGGGACCCUGAGACUAUUCGUAGGCAACAAGAACAAGAGAGGAAGAAGAAACAGGACCUUGAUGAUGAAGAAAAGACUGCUAAGUUCAUUGAACAACAAGUUAGAAGAGGUUUGGAGGGGAAAGAACUGGAAAUGCCAGUCUAUACUGAACUCAACAGAGAAAAUGAAGAAGAAAAAGUUACAUUUAAUUUAAACAAAGGAGCAAGUACUUCAAUCGCAGCAUCUUCUAAAACAAGCAGUGUCCUUGGACAGAAUGCACUGAAGAUGGUGGAGGGGGCAGUUAAAAGGAAAGAAUCAGCUCAUAGCUCUAGUCAGCCCAAAGAGAAGAAGAAGAAAUCUGCACUGGAUGAGAUCAUGGAGCUUGAAGAGGAGAAGAAAAGAACAGCUCGAAGAGACUACUGGUUACAGCCUGAAAUCAUUGUAAAAAUUGUAACAAAAAAGCUUGGGGAGAAGUAUCACAAGAAGAAGGCAGUUGUUAAGGAAGUGAUUGACAAAUACACAGCGGUCGUGAAGGUGAUUGACUCUGGAGACAAACUGAAGCUCGAUCAGACACAUCUAGAAACUGUAAUACCUGCACCAGGCAAGAAAGUGAUGGUAUUAAAUGGUGGGUACAGGGGAAAUGAAGGCAUCUUGGAAUCCAUCAAUGAAAAGAGGUUCUCAGUAACAAUAACCAUUGACUCUGGACCUUUAAAAGGACGCCGGGUCGAAGACAUCCAGUAUGAAGAUGUUUCCAAACUCGCCUGAGCUGCUAACCAUGGAUCAGAGAUGAUUUUGAUUCCCAAAAUCAUCUUUCUGAUGUCUUUCAGGCAGACACAGGACUCUACCAUGUCAGGGUUUUAAUUGUGUGUGUAUUUAUAAUGUAUAUAGAAAUUAACAGAAGCAAACUAGAACUAUUUAAAGAUAGUUAUGGGUUUGUUACGUGAAAUGUUUAUGGAAAUAUUAUCAGUGGAGAUUUUUCAUCUGAUUCUAUAUUGAAGUUAUAAUAUUUGCUUCAGUUUCCUGUUGUAAAAUAUAGGAGAGAGCUGCAAGCUGGAGUAUUUUAUUUACUGAAGUCUGUGAGCAGGUCCAGAAGAGAGAAUUACCUACAGGCAGGCAGAGUGUGUUGGAGCCAGUGGAGUUUAAACAACAUCCUUCUCAAUCCACAGCCAAAACAGAACUCUGGCUGUAGGAACAAGGGAAGGGAUUAGGGGAAUAGCAGGAAGGCACCAGUGCUGCAAGGGAUUGCUCCUUGGAUGCUGUAAGAAUGGUCUGGUAUAUUAAGUGCUGUCACCAGUUUAUUUCUGAUUAGCACAGGGGUGGUAGUGGAGUGCAAGUCAUCGCUCCUCCAGUGUGUUUGUCAGGGCUCCUGAUGAUAUUAAUAUGCAAUUUAUCUCCACAUGGACUCUGUGUGGGGUUACUCCAUGGAUGUUACUUGUGGGUUUUCUAGGAUGCCAGGCCAAGCGUGUGCAGGUAGGAACUGGUGGUUGCUCUCCUGGUUUUCCAGAGCCUUUUCCUUUGUUCAUGCUCCUAUUGUUGCUCUGCUACAUGAGUAACCUUACUUGUGCUAAAUGAUACAACAUUACUUGUUUUAUUUUUUUAAAACUGUCACAUUUUAUACAAUGUUUAAUUUCUAAGGCACUUCAGAAAUAAACAUAAACCUUUCUUA